AUGUCUAGCGCCAUCUCCAAGAAUGAAUCUGCGAAUCUGCGGCCGCGCGCCGUGCCGAUACAACCUGAUGGAAAGUCCGACGUGGCUAUCCCUCUCCCUCUUCCAGUGGAUAAGCUAGCUCAUGAUAUAAGUGGCCGCUCAACCCCUGUUUCCGAAGAUGCUCCCCCGUCAGCGCAUUCGAUCUCGUCCGCGAGGAAGCAAGUCCGCGCUCGCAAUCGCCUGUUUUACACUAUAGAUUAUGUGCCUCGCGUGUCACAUUUUGAUCCCGAUAGCGACUAUCAUAACUUCCGAGGGUUCUUUACUCUCUUUUGGAUUGGCUUGGCCAUCAUGGUCGGGACCAGCAUCUUGCGCAAUAUCAAAGAUACCGGAUACCCCCUACAGGUGCGCGUUUGGAGUCUCCUAACGGCUAAUGUGUGGGGGAUGGGGCUCAGCGAUGCGGCAAUGGUGAUAAGCUCAGGGCUCGUCCUGCCUAUGCACCGGUUGUGGCGGGGUGGUCCGCAGUGGCUGCAAUGGUCGCGCGGAGUGAGUUUGUGGCUUGUUUUGAACGCCGGAAUUUGGAGAGCUAACAAGAAGAACAGCUGGCCCUUCAUGAUGCAAUGGACCUGGACUGCGCAGGUGUUCUUCACGCUGCACACUCUGACCAUUCUAAUGAAACUGCAUUCAUACGCUUUUUAUAAUGGGCAUCUCAGCGAGACAGAGCGCCGCCUUGCCUCCCUCGAUCAGCCAGGCCCAAAGACGCCGGAGCCUCCGGCUGCCAUCCAUUACCCGGAGGUACACCGACGUCGGCCGUCAAUGAAGCAGCACGAUGAAGACCAGUCCGCGGAGCCAUUAGAGAGGCUGCGCGAAGAUCUUGCCACGGAGUUGACCUCCCCACUAGGAAACAUCUCAUACCCGCAGAACCUGCACAUUGGAAACUAUGUUGACUUCCUCUUUUGUCCGACUCUUUGCUAUGAGCUAGAGUAUCCUCGCCGAAAGGAGCGACGCUGGUCAGAAAUUGGCUGGAAGGCCGCUGCUGUGUUUGGUUGUAUCUUCCUGCUCACUUUGACCAGCGAGGAAUUCAUCGUCCCCGUAUUGGCAGAGGCCAGCGCCCAACUUCGACUCGUUUCCAACAUCACAGACAAGGCUCUCAUCCUUGCCGAAACCAUCAGCAUGCUCCUCUUUCCAUUCAUGAUCAUCUUCCUGCUGGUGUUCCUCGUGAUCUUCGAAUAUGUGCUGGGUGCGUUUGCAGAGCUGACUCGGUUCGCCGAUCGUCACUUCUAUGCAGACUGGUGGAAUUCCUGUGACUGGUUGGAAUUUUCUCGCGAGUGGAACGUCCCUGUCCACCACUUCCUCUUCCGCCACGUCUACUGGCCCUCCCGGUGUAACUUCUCCCAGCCUGUAGCUAUGGUUAUCACAUUCCUGGUCAGCUCUAUAUUCCACGAGCUAGUCAUGAGCUGCAUCACCAAGAAGCUUCGGGGAUACGGUUUCCUGGCUAUGAUGCUUCAGCUGCCUAUUGUUGCGAUCCAAAAGUCUCGCUUUUUCCGUGGCCAGACAAUUCUCAAUAAUGCCUUCUUCUGGUUCUCAAUGAUCUUGGGUCUGUCUAUGAUGUGUGCAUUAUACGUCCUUGUUUAA